AUGUCUUUCUUUCGAGGUACCGGCUCCUUGGUUGCCGCUGUGAAAUACGCAUCCGGAAAAGACCCGAUUGUUGUGGGCAAACCGGAACAACCGGUAUUCGAUUACCUCUGUCGAACACACAAAAUCGAUGUUUCUACGACAAUCAUGGUGGGUGACAGAUUGGACACGGAUAUUCGGUUCGGUAACCGGUUUGGCAUGCACACCGCGUGUGUCAUGACUGGGGUGACCACUCCAGAGCUGCUAAACAAGGUGAUGUCCACUCCGGCGGAUUCUCACCUACAGCCGCAACUGGUGUAUGAUUCGGCAGCUCACCUGUUGAACGCGGUACGCUCGGCGGAUCAGUCGAAUUAG